UUAAAAAACCAGAAAAUCUUGCCCCGUUAUUCAAAGUUGGAAAGCAGCUUUUUGGAAUCUCUUGAUGACAUACCAACUAGUAUUCGAGCUCUUUCACCAGUAAUUUCACCACCGCGGUUGAGGAACAGUAUGAGUGUUGACCCUGAAACGAGGAUCCAAGAUUAUGUUGAAAGAUUAUCUCAGGAGGAAAGUACAGUAUUUGGUGCAACAUUGCGACGUUUUAUUGAAUGCACAUUUGAUGCUGAAGAAUGCGAUCCUCAGGUAGUGAUUCGAAAUGUUCGACAGUUCUUGAAUGGUAUAAAAAAUUAUUUAGUUAAACACGGUGAAGGUGAAUUGCAUGAAUUAAUUGAAAAGGAACGUUCGCGAUUGAAUGCAAAUGAAUUUUUGAACAUUGAUGCAAUUCUCGAAGCUGUCCUUCAUAAAAUUGUUCUAUUCCCCGUAAAACCUCAUCUAUAUCAUUUAAUGGUUCGUGAACAUUCUAAGAAUGGUUGGUUGCAAUCGCUAUCAGAGAAUAUUGCAUAUGUAAGGAAAUUAACUCCUGAACAACUCGGUUUUGGACUUAAUUCUAAGUUUACUCCACCGAGCACUCAAAAAAUGGAAGCAAUCAAGAUAUGCUUAAGGAAAAUGCAACAUCACUAUUCGCCCUUGAAAAAGUUGGAAAAUUUGUUGCGAGUCAUUUUCAUCGCUAUUGGCAAUCAGAAUUUAUAUGAAUGUUCGAAUGGUGAUGGAGAAAAUUUUGAUUAUUCGAUUACAACUGAGAGCAAAAUUAAACGGUUGCCACCCGCUGAUGAAUUGGUGCGCUGGUUGGUGUAUAUAUUAGGUCGAACAUCAACUGUUGGUUGUGAAGUUGAAGCGUGGUAUAUGUGGGAAUUGCUGCCAAAGCAGCUUCUCACAAAUGGUGAUUCCAGUUAUUAUUUGAUUGCUUUAUUUUCUGCAAUAGAUGUGCUGAAAAAUGCGGAUAGUAUACGUAGACUUGGAGCUCUGGAAAACUGCACUUUGGUUUCGGUCCAUUCUUGUUACAGUUUUUUAGAAUACAAAGAAAAAGGUUCAAGCACAUCAAUUGGUGCAGACAACAUUUGUCAACCGCUUUCUUCCACCUCCGAUGCAUUUGUGCGAGUUGCAAUACCUGAUGAAUUAGAUGGGUCUAUACGUUAUCAUACAUUUCCUGGUGUGCCGCAAAUGACAGCGGGAAAGCUGUGUCGCGUAAUUGCACACCAGUUUGGAAUAACUAAUCCAGAAGAUCAUGGAUUAUAUUUGUUGGUUGAUGGAUAUGAAACAUGCCUUCUCGCAAACGAAUGCCCCGAUAUAAUUCGAUAUCAGUUAAGACAAGCACAUAAAAAUCAUUUAUUUGCUUAUAAGAGGCACGAAGCAAAAAUUGCGUGGCCAAAGGCUGCAAUUAACUCGUGUCGAGCAUGA